AUGAAAUAUCAAGUUGAUAAUAAAAGUACAGAAUUAAGAACUGAAUAAUGCUAAACAACUAAAUAAGUUUUAAUAUCACAUAAUGGAGAAAUACCUCUUAUUAGUCAAACUGAUAUUUCAUAUCCCAAAGUUCCACAGAAUAGAGAAUCUCAAAAAUUAUAAUGUGUAAACUGCUAAAAAGUAUCUAAUUCAAAAUUAAAAUACAAAAAUGGAAAAGGUGCAUAUUUACUAAUACUUUUGUUUGUUGUAUUUAUUAUUACAAUACCUUUGGCAAUUCUUGUUUACUUUCUAAAAAUGUUCAAAGAUGUAUAGCAUUAUUGUCCAGAAUGUGGAUGUUUAAUAGGAACAAAGCAUUUUUUAAUAGGAUGA